AUAAAGUGUAGGAUAUUCAUAGAGAACGACUUGGAAACCGUGUGUUACGACAUGAACUGUGUUAGGAAAACCGACUCAUCAGGCCAAAGCAGAGCGUGGAGAUGCCAUCGGUAGCAGAUCGAGAGGAUGGCAUCGAGACGAAUGGUCUGAUUCCUGUGCGAAGAAAAGCGUUCUUCGGGUGAAAUUUCCUCAUCUAUUCUCAGUGGAUAUCGCCGUCUUUAGACAGACUGUAGAGUCGUCCCUCAUGGCCGAUAGACAGCAUAUGGAAGGUGGCUGGUCCUGGCAAAAGCUUUACAUCACGAGUAACCCCAAUCUUCUGACAGACGACUUCACUAAUCCUCGCAGCUGGUACAGCUCCGCUGCUCAGAAGAACAUUCUGAAUGCCGUAAAUCACAAUCAAGCAGCCGAUAACAACAACAACAACAGCCACAGUCAUUUUCCGAGGGAAGGCCCAUCGAAAGGUAUCACUGCUUCCAAAUUACCCAGAAUAAACACACAGGAACGAAUAAAUGGAUCGAAAAGUGCCGACAACAAAACCAGCAUCAAAUUGAUAGAACACGACAAAGCGUUUUUAACAAGAGGUCCGUCUUUCGACGAGGCUACAAGCAGGCUUCACAAAGCAGCAGUUUGUAGUUUGUAUGAAACAGUUUUCCCACCUCCCUUAGGUAAAUCCAUAAGCUGGCCUCGAGGUUCAAGGGCUGAAGCGAAGCGUCGCGUCUUCCGAUUCAGUAAGAGGUCAGCAGAUUCGGAUCAAGAGUCCAGGAUUUCUUUACCCCCUUUGAACCCAGAUACCGGACAUCCAUUUCUCCCCCAUAUUCCACCGCAUCAGCCUUGGGUUUCAUCAGGCCAGAAUAAAAUCAAGAGUAAAGUAAGCUCUGAUACCGAACAACGUCAAAACGCACGCAAACGAUUGCAACUUUCGGCAGAAAAAGGGAAGGACAAAAGCUACAGAAACAAAACUGGAAAAUGGUUCAAAGAAAUCAAAGUACCAGAUGUAAGCGAUGAGAGUGACCCUUGUCCACAAAACGGACAGUUUCACAACAAGACCCCAUGUCCUCCAGUAGACGGUUUGCCUUCUCAUCAGCCAGCGGCAUUUCAUCCUUCUUGGAGAAGCCACUAUGGGAUAAGGCGUCUUAAACACACCCCAAACAUUCCAGUGCCGGAUUUGAAGGACCCUGUGCAGUUCUCACCAGUGUUUAACGAACUCCGGAUAUACAGAAAGGAUAAGCCCCAGGAAAAAACCGAGAUCAACCGAGAUGAAUAUAAACUGAAGUCAAAGUCGUCCUUGCGAUUAAAAAUGGUAGAUACCAUUAAGAAUGGCUCCGAGGAUAAGGAUGACGAAAGCUUAGCGAAAGGGCAGCUCGGCUUGAGCAAGCAGAUUGGCACCGGUGCUACACAGACACGUCUGCAGAGUGAACCCGGUAUAGAAAGGAAAUCGAAACUACACAUGCCGAAAGCAAAGAAACUGAACACAACAAAGGCGGACAGACAUACAGGAAUGAAGUUUUUACUGGCAAGAACUUCAGAGGAUUCCGAUAUUGAUGACUUUGUCAGUGAUGACGAAAACUUAUUAGGCGAAAGAAAUGAGAUAUACAACAACAACAAUGAAAUGGUUAAUUCCACCGUCUCGAUAGACGAUGGGUUACUCGAGACCAAAGCCUCGAUUGUGAAUAUUGUUUUGUCCACGGAAAGACCCCCUGAGAGAAAACCACGCCACAUAGCAUUGUCCUUGAAGAAAAUGGAGGAACAAGAGCACCGGUCAAGUGACAUAGUUCAGAACUGUUCGCAAGUGUCACGUGAUUCGUGGGGCGACCAGGCAGAAAUAUUAGAGGCAACGGUUACAAAUCUUGUUGGUUCGGAUCCAAAGAAAAUUACCCCGACAAUCCGACCUGUUGAAAACGAUGUCUCAGAUUUAGGCGAGGAAAAAUUUAGUUUACAACAGACGCGUUGGAACAUUUCAAAAGUGAAAACUACAGGAGAUCAGGACUGCGAAGGAAUAAGUGGACAUCUGGAUAGUAAACCUGUACAUAAUUGUGGACAGAGGGAGUGCGCCAAGGAAAUAAAUAGUAAUCCGGGUAAGGACCAUGGUGAGCAAGGUACAAGUCAGGAGAAGGGAAAUAAUGAAAAUAAUAAGGAAUCUGAUGAAACGUCUACGGCUGUUCAAGGUACGCGUGCGUUCACGUUUGCCUACAAGGCCGAUAAGUCGGCCCUGUCAAAGUACAAUAUCCUACAGCCAUUCAGAGAUCAAAGUCAGCCCAACAUUGUGCUGCCCUCUUGUGGCCAGCAGGUGGCUAAACCUGCCUGUAACGAGUGGACACACCCUCCAACAUACAAAUUGGACCUGAGAAACUACGACAACUCCACAGUUGAAGACGAAAAGGCGAGUACGUAAGGGGCGUAAGGUAAAAAUUCCAGAAAACAGAAGUCCAGAAACACAAAUUCGUCUUAAUAGGUCCCCGCGUUCGUUGUGCUUCAUGGUUUAAGAUACGCAGGUUGAGAUGUUCAUAAACAUUUUGUAAAACUCUGUAAAAACAGCCUCAUAGUGUGUACCAUUGAUACGCCAGUUUGAUCCUAGAGGAUAUCUCUUAUUCAGUAGCGUUCAUUGAUGUAAAAAGUAUCCUCCGCGAAACAGGAGAAACAGAAGUGAAUUUAAUCAUGUAAGCAAGGACUGACAAUUAAUUACUAAUUAGUAUCGAGUCACACAUAAUUGGCCAAGUACAGCUUAUUAACUUUACUGCCUCAACACGACAUUACCUAAUAAAAAUGAUAAGGUAAAUGCCUAUCCAUCUAUCAUCAAAGGUGCGGCAAUCCGAAUAAAUCAACCUUUUUCAGAAGAAAAGGCAUAUCCUUAACAUUCAUAUAACCAGCGGUUUGCGGAAACCGGUCAAUAUUGUACAUGUAUGAGCUGAUGCUAUGUUCAGAUGUUUAGUAAACAGGCUCUUUUAUGACAUGCCUGCAAAGCAUCUGUGAUACAUUUCUGCGAUAAAAAAAUAUAUUACGUGCAUGUGAUUUCAGGGUAAAUACUAUUGUAUAC